AUGGAUUAUCUCAAAGAAGAAUAUGAUGGAGAUGAUCGAAUUAAAGGCAUGAAGGUGUUGAAUCUCAUUAGAGAGUUUGAAUUGCAGAAGAUGAAGGAAUCUAAAACUAUCAAGGAGUACUGUAAGAGGCUUCUGAACAUAGCAAACAGAGUAAGAUUGCUUGGUUCUAAACUUAAGGACUCUCGUAUUGUUGAAAAAAUUCUGGUUACCGUACUUGAAAGGUUUGAAGCUACCAUAACCACCUUAGAAAACACUAAGGAUUUUUCCAAGAUUACCUUGGCAGAGUUGCUAAAUUCCUUAGAGGCACAAGAGCAACAAAGGGCUAUGAGAGAAGAAGGCUUUGUUGAGGAUGCCUUGCCUACUAAACAUGAAGACAACUGGAAAAACAAAAAAAAGGAACCAACAAACAAAUAG